GAAACUUGAGGUUAUUUAGCGGUAGUAGGAGUACUUUUUUAGAAUUUUCCAGACGUACAAUUAAUAAUAUUUAUUUACUAUGAAUGAUAACAUAGAAAACUGUUGUCGUAUUUGCUUGGAUACGGAAUCUAGGCAUGUUUCAAUAUUAGAAGACCAGACAAUUUUUUUACACAUCAAAUCCUGCCUCCCAAUCAAUGUCGCUGUUAAUGAUAAUUUGUCUAAGUUAAUUUGCGAAACCUGCGUAUCACAAUUGAACGAAUUUUACAAUUUUCAAUUAAACGCCCGAUGUUCACAAGAUUGGUUGGAAUCUUCUCUUCAAGAAAAAAGUAAAAAAUUGACAGAGAAAAUUCAAAUUCAACCACUUCCAGACUCAGAAUACAAUUCCGAUUCCCUCUUAGAAUUCCUCAAUAACACGGCAAACAUAGAAGAAUAUCUCAAUAACUUGGGUAAGGAAGACAUACCAUCUAUAGUCAAUAUGUUGGAUAGAACUGAGGGCUCCGAAACUGUCAAAACAGUAAAUAAUAAAUUAUCUAAAAUACCGAGUCCAAAGAAGAAAGACUCACUCAAUAAGCCUAUAAACAUGGACAUUGAUGUAUUAGACUCAGACAUAGAAAUUGUUAAAGAGUUAUUAUCAAAAGAAAUAGAACCCAAUAAACAAAUAAAAAAUGCAGACAAAUCUUUCUCUUGCUUUGCAUGUAAAGCUAAAUUAGAUAGCAUACAUAAACUGUCCCAUCAUUUAAGCAUCUGUGAUAAUGCCUUAAGAACUUGUGCCCACUGUAAUGUUUUAUUUGACUCGAAGCAGAAGAUGCGACAGCAUGCCCUUAUACACAGUGUGGUCACACCUUUGACUUGUAAUUGCGGGAAACAGUUUGAAACGGGAGAAAAACUUAUUGCACAUUGUAAAAAGUGUGAAAUAGAUCACAUAGCUUCAAUGGGUUUUGUUUAUUCUUGUAAGCAAUGCGGGGAGACUUUCAGUGAAAGAUUUCAGCUUUACAAGCAUGCUAAGGAACAUGUAUUGAAGUCCGAGGAGCGAGUCUGUGACAUAUGUGGUCAUACAUUCAUUGGUGAUGAGGCAUUAUCCAAUCAUAGAAAAGGACAACAUGGUAAUCCUGAUAACAUCUUAUACAGAUGUAAAGUCUGCAGCUUCACAUCACAAGACCGCAAAACAAUAUAUAAUCAUGUUCAAAAGCAUACAGAAAUCAAAGCCCCUCAGAGACAUCUGUGCGAAUCAUGUGGACGCAGCUUUGCGUCACAUGCAACUCUUCAACGUCAUUCAUUACAACACGCUCCAAAAUGUCACAAGUGCCAUGUAUGUCACAGAGGAUUUUCAGAUAUAAAGGCAAGAGAUCAACAUGCUAUAGAGCACAUCGAAAUGGCAAUGUGUGACAAAUGUGGUCAGAGUGUUAACAAUUACGAAUUAAGCAAGCAUAUGUGCACUUAGCAUUAUUUGCUGUUAAUAUUAUGUUGUUACUUUUGUGUUAGAAUUAUUAUUUUAAAAAAAUGACCUUGAAAUUAGUCAAAAUAAAUUAAAACACUUCAAAUUG